AUGAGGGGCACCCCGCUGGCCCCUGCCGCCCCGAAAACAGACCGGUCCAGGGCCCAUGCCUCGGGCCGCGUGUGUGCCGUCGCGACGCCCUCCAAGCCCCCCACCACCAGAAAGGCGCGGCGCAGCAAGGUGGAGAUCAUCAAGGAGGGAAGCGACUUCCUGCGCCACCCCCUGAUGGAGGAGCUUGUGAGCGACAAGACCUUCAUCAACGAGCAGGCGCAGCAGCUCAUGAAGUUCCACGGGAGCUACCAGCAGGACCACAGGGAGAAGAGGGCCUUCGGCCAGGGGAAGUUCUACCAGUUCAUGAUGCGCACGAGGCAGCCCGGAGGGCUGGUCCACUGGCAGCUGUAUGUUGUCAUGGACGAUCUUGCCGAUAAGUACGGCAGCGGCACUCUGCGGCUCACGACGCGGCAGACCUUCCAGCUGCACGGCGUCCUUAAGGAGGACCUCAAGACCGUGUUCUCGACCGUCAUCAAGAACAUGGGCUCCACGCUGGGCGCUUGCGGGGACAACAACCGCAACGUGCUGUCGCCCCCCGCGCCCUACAAGAACCGGCCGGACUACGCCUACGCGACCCAGUAUGCGAAGGACAUCGCAGACCUGCUGGCGCCACAGUCUGGGGCGUACUACGAUGUGUGGCUGGACGGGGAGAAGUUCGUGUCUGUUCACAAGGAGAAUCCGAAGGUCACUGAAGAUCGGGCUUUCAGCAAGUUUGGCACCAACUUUGAGGGCUCUGCAGAGCCCAUCUAUGGCAGCCAGUUCCUCCCUCGUAAGUUCAAGAUCGCCAUCACUGUGCCUGGGGACAACAGCAUUGACCUGCUGACGAACGACAUUGGCUUGGUGGUGAUGUGUGACGACAAGGGCGAGUUGCAGGGCUUCGAUGUGUUGGUGGGAGGUGGAAUGGGAAGGACCCACAGAAAUGAAGACACGUUCCCACGUCUGGCAGACCCUCUGGGGUAUGUGGACAAGGACGACGUCUUUCAUGUCGUAAAAGCCAUUGUUGCAACGCAGAGGGAUUAUGGCAGACGGGACGAUAGGAAGAUGGCCAGGAUGAAGUACUUGGUGGCUUCAUGGGGAUUGGACAAGUUCCGGUCUGUGGUGGAGCAGUACUUCGGGAAGAAGUUCCAGGCCUUCAAACCCCUUCCUCCAUGGAAGUAUCUGGACUACCUUGGUUGGGGUGAGCAGGGCGAUGGUAACUACUACUAUGGCAUCCAUGUGCAGAAUGGUAGGGUUAAGGGGGACGUGAAAAAGGUUUUAAGGACAGUGAUCGAGCGUUACGAGCUGCCGACGAUGAUCACAGCCAACCAGAACAUCGUCCUGACCGACAUUAGGCCCACAUGGAAGGCGGAUAUUGCCGCAACCCUGGCGGCAGGAGGCGUUGUGGAUGUUGUGGAACUGGGUGACAUUGAGCGAUACUCUAUGGCGUGCCCUGCUUUACCGCUGUGCGGGCUGGCAAUUGGUGAGGCAGAGCGAGGUCUUCCUGGUGUCACCACGCGGCUGACGACGCUGAUGCGUGCGGUGGGGCUGCCAGAAAUGCCGAUUGUGGUUCGAAUGACAGGCUGCCCCAAUGGUUGUGCCAGGCCCUACAUGGCUGAGCUGGGCUUCGUCUGUGACGGCCCCAACACUUACCAGAUUUGGCUUGGCGGCGACCAGGGCCAAACUCGCCUGGCGCAGUGCUUCAUGGACAGGAUGAAGCUCAACGACCUGGAGACAGUGAUGGAGCCCAUCUUCUUCUUUUAUAGCCAACAGCGAAAGCAUGACGAAGGCUUUGGGGAUUUCUGCGCAAGGGUCGGGUUUGACGCGCUCCGGGACUACCAGAAUGGCUACAUCAAGGUGGAGGAUGUUGGGGACUUGCACCAAGUGGGCAUCAGCCCCGAUGUGUACGAGAAGCUGGAGGAGCUGGCCAAGGCGAAAGGCAAGACUGUGGAGCACGUGUCCAAUGAGGUGCUGCGAUCUGUCAUCACCGAAUCUUGA